GGAGAAAAGUCAUAAAAAGUACUAAUAUUCGAGAGAAAAAACAAAUUAUGAGGAAAAAAAUGGUAAGAACGCACAAGAAUUCUUGGAGCGCCGGGUUUGGGAAUUCGACACUUCCUAUAAAACAGCAAGUCUCGGUAGCAUCUUCCUCCUUCAGUGCUGUUCUCUCUCUCUCCUCUCUCUUUUUCUGUUCUGUUUUUCCUUCGGUGACGAUUUUCUUCCUGGGAGAGCAGAGGUUUAAGUUCCAGAAACUGGAAGCUUGUUCUUGCUCUUAUAUUGCGGGGAUUCAAGUUCUUAGCUUGCUGGUGCUUGGCUAUUCGAGGGGAAUAGAUGCGAACAGAAUAGAUUGCGGAGGACGAACAUGAACAUGGAUGCUGUGUUUUCGAUCCCUGUGAAGCGGACAGAGCACGUCCUGGUGACGGCCAAAGCGGUCACCGCGGAGCCGAGUCGUCGCCUGGCGGACGCGGCGCCGCGGCCGCGCACGGUGCGCAUCUUUUGCGACGACUAUGACGCCACCGACUCGUCGAGCGACGAUUCUGACGGUAUCCGCCGCCGCCGCCGCGUCCGGCGGUACGUGAACGAGAUCCGACUCCAGGCCCGCGCGGUGGCGCAGGAGGCGAGCGAGGCAAGAAGGAUCAAGGCCACGAAGGUCGCCGCCGUCGGCACCUCCUCGAGGAAGAGCAAGGUCGGCAAGGUCGGCCCUGUAAUGAACGGAGGCCGAGACGGAAACGCCCCGAGGUUCCGCGGCGUCCGCAGACGAGCGUGGGGGAAGUAUGCGGCGGAGAUACGAGACCCAUGGCGGCGAAUCCGGGUGUGGCUCGGCACAUUCGACACCGCCGAGGAGGCCGCCAAGGUGUACGACUCCGCCGCCAUCAGACUCCGAGGGCCCGACGCUAUUACAAACUUCGCACAGCCGCCGCCGGUCACCGCAGCUAAUAGUAACUCCACCGAGAUUCUGCAGGCUCCGAAUAAGAACCUAUUGAACAAUAACCUCACAUCCGUCUCAGCCGAAUGCGACACCGCCGCCGAGGAGGUCCACUACGUCUGCUCCCCGACCUCCGUCCUCUGCCACUCCACUCCCUCUUCUCCUUCCAUCUCCUCCUCCUCCUCCUCCUCCUCCUCCACUAAGCAAGCGGAUGAACCACCGAUGGCAACCUUGGGAGGUAGCGCGGAGAUCUCUCCGGUGGAGCCGGGCGGAUUCAUUCUCCCGGACGACGAGGAAACAAUGUUCCUCGAUUUCCUCGCCUUACAAGGGGCUUCGCCGCUGAGCUUCUUUGACGAUGUCUCGGCGCCGAUCUCCUUCCUAGCCGAGGAUUUGAGCGAUGCGUUCCUCCUCGGCUCAGGUGAUCUCGACCUCGGCACCACCGCGGGAGGAGUAGACGAUUUCUUCUCCGACAUCGGUGACUUUUUUGCAAACGAGCCCCUACCCGCCGCCAUGUGAGCCGGAAACGCGAUUUAAUCGCAGGACGCCGAUUCGUCGGCCGAUUUUGGAUCGAAAUAUCUGCUGCCCUUUUAUUUAUUUAUAUUCCAAUUUCAUAUUUUUAUAUUUAUUUUUUUAAAAAAUAUCUCUUUUUGAUGUAGUCUCUAGUGAAAGACUGAGGAUGUUUCCGUUAUUUAUUUAACGGCGAUGGAAGGAGUUUAUUUUUGCUCGAUGAUUA